UAGAAUUUGGCUUGGACAUUGAGGUUACAGUCGAACAACAGGUGGAGAGCGUCUGGGGCACAGUCGUUGGGCAAUAUCUUCAAUUCGUAACAAUGUUUGAGAGAAGCAGUGAUGACCUGCCCAUGUUCCCCUACCAUGAGGGACGAGAUGACCUGCUCCCGAGGGAGCACUGCUCAGCUGGAGGUGGGAGAGGCAUGUCCCUGGCUGAGGCCCUCCUGCCCUUAGUGGAGUCUCCCUCCCAGAUCCCCUGGUUGUGCUCCACCCGCUAUAAGACGGAGCUGUGCAGUCGCUAUGCCGACACGGGCUUCUGCAAGUAUGCUGAGCGCUGCCAGUUUGCCCAUGGCCUCCACGACCUCCAUGUGCAGUCCCGCCACCCCAAAUACAAGACGGAACUGUGCCGCACCUUCCACACGGCAGGCUACUGCGUCUAUGGCACCCGCUGCCUGUUUGCCCACACUGCCAAGGAACAGCGCCCCCCCCACCGCCGGCGCCGCAACAUCCCCUGCCGCACCUUCCGCUCAUUCGGUGUGUGCCCCUUUGGCACACGCUGCAACUUCCUGCACAUUGACGGUGAUGGCGGCCUGGAGUCCCCAGACAGCGCUCCUGAGAAGGCCCCCAUUGCCAGGCCCCAACCACAAUCCCAGGACUGGAAGCCCCGUGGGGCCCUGUGCCGCACCUUUAGCUCCUUUGGCUUCUGCCUCCACGGCACCCGCUGCUGCUUCCAACAUGGCCUGCCGAGCAGCAUCCAGGGGGGUGCCCGCACCCAUCUGCUGUCCCUAGCUUCAGACAGGUUCUCAUCUCCCUGCUCCUCAUCCUCCUCCUCUCCACCAUCUGGACUGCCCUCCCCGGUCUGGCCUGAUGAUUCAUCCACCCCGCUGAACAACCCCGUGGCCCACAAUGCCUUCACCUUCUCCAGCCAGCUGAAUGAUGUGCUGCUGCCUCUGGCCCUCAGGCUCCAGCAGCUGGACAACAGCCAGGCCAUGGAGGCUGCCUGCAACAUGCAGGGUGUCUGGGGGAACAAGCUUUAG